AUGAUGAAACUCGAGCCACCUAUCGAGGUAGCACUGCUCGACGCCGUGCGCACCCAGCUCACCCUCGGCUCUGACUCGGACAGUUGCCCGAGUCUGUCGCCGCUGCAGGCUGAGGACUCCCUUUAUGACAGCAGUCUCUCAACGGACAGUCUUUCGGCAAGCAUCGUAAUCGUCGAGACCCCGGACAACGACAGUGAACCAUUCCCAGAGUACCACGAUGCCCUGGGCAACUCCGCAGACGAGCGAAUCUGGGAGGAACUGUUCACCCUCGCGUUGAAGGAGGAGAUCCGCUCUGAACAAGUCGAUCCUCAUCUCGCUCUAAGUUUCGUCCCGACUGAGGCCCAGCAGAACCCCCUUGACGACAUAAAGGACCUGCUUUCGAAUCCAAAGCUGCGCAAAGAAUCUCGUGCUCGCUCCGUAGCCGUCAUCAAAAAUGUCAUUCGCCUGGAAUGCGUCUUAUUUCGCCAAUCUGAGGACUUUCUCAACCCCGAGGAUACAGCUGAUGCCUCGGUAGUCGCUUCUUCCAUCCUAGACUGGAUCGCGGUCGUCGACAACCAGGUGCAGGAAUCUGUGGAUGCGACGGCGCCUGUCGUCGAUAUACUGGAGUCCCUCGAGCAGGAGGAUGUGGUCCAGGUGCAACGCUUCCGCCAGAUGGCCUGCGUCGUAUUCUUCAACUUGACCAAGCCCUGUGCCUCAGAACAAGAAUUCCUCUUACAGCUUCUCACUCUCUACGAAGAAUGGGUUUACAGCAAGUUCCUCAAACUACGCAGCGACCAGCUCGCUGCAGAGGAACAUCCCGGCUCUGCCCGCCUCGACUUAGCACGCUACCUCGAACUCAUCUGGGAAUACCUGUCGCGCUGCUGCAACAACUACAAAAUUUACCGUAAUGCCCUAUGCGCAAUGCGAGACCGCUUCUUUGCCCCAAUCGGAAUGCCAAUGGAGACAUGCGAACUGUAA